GGUUCCUUAUAUAACGCAGUAGCAUUCGGUGGGAUUCAUUACGUAAAGAGAAAGCGAACGGAGCCUGCGCAGUGCUCGAGUUGUGUGACAAUCGCGAGCCAUACUAUGAUGAACAGUAGCUGAUAGUUAUUCACGUAGUCAACAACCAUGUACGGACACAUGUUCGGUGAGAGAGGCGAAGAGAAUGUGGAUCUACUAUUAGGUCUAGCAGAUUCUCUCGUGAGCGAAGGUAAAGUAACACAAGCUAUCGACGUGUAUAGCAGAGCUUACCGUAUCGGAUCUGUGUCGCCAGAAAGACUAGGGAGUUUAGUAGAAGCUAUGGUCGAAGUUGCCAGAGAGCGUGCGUCUGAUACUUGGAACUCUUCCCUGCCUAGACAUGACAUUUUUCUAUGUUCGCUCUGCCAAAGUAUGUACGUCGAUCCAGUCACUAUCCCUUGCGGUCACACUUACUGCAAGAGAUGCCUGGCUAAAGAUUGUUAUCCAAAGACAUGUAAGAAGUGUGGUGUUUCGCACGCUCAGAGUCAGUUAACUCCUCUUAAAUCGAACGUUUUGAUUACGACAGUUCUAGACAAGUGGAAAAAUAAUGAAAUGAAAGCUGCUAAAUUAAGACUCGAAGGUUGUGAACUGUUUCAGAGAGGAGAGGCCAUUGCCGCUUUAGAGAAAUACAGAGAGGCGUUCGACCUCGGUCUAGCAGAUUCUCUCGUGAGCGAAGGUAAAGUAACACAAGCUAUCGACGUGUAUAGCAGAGCUUACCGUAUCGGAUCUGUGUCGCCAGAAAGACUAGGGAGUUUAGUAGAAGCUAUGGUCGAAGUUGCCAGAGAGCGUGCGUCUGAUACUUGGAACUCUUCCCUGCCUAGACAUGACAUUUUUCUAUGUUCGCUCUGCCAAAGUAUGUACGUCGAUCCAGUCACUAUCCCUUGCGGUCACACUUACUGCAAGAGAUGCCUGGCUAAAGAUUGUUAUCCAAAGACAUGUAAGAAGUGCGGUGUUUCGCACGCUCAGAGUCAGUUAACUCCUCUUAAAUCGAACGUUUUGAUUACGACAGUUCUAGACAAGUGGAAAAAUAAUGAAAUGAAAGCUGCUAAAUUAAGACUCGAAGGUUGUGAACUGUUUCAGAGAGGAGAGGCCAUUGCCGCUUUAGAGAAAUACAGAGAGGCGUUCGACCUCGAUUUGGGAUAUUUUUGUAAAGCAACUGCACUAGUCACAUUAGAAAGAUUUGAAGAUGCAGCAGAAGCAUUUUUUAUAUGUUUAGUUUUGGAUUCUUCAUCAUCAGCUGUUAAAGAGGAACUUGUUCAGAUUGAAAUGAUAAGAAAUCUGUCAUCAUAUAAAAUUAUAAGUUCAAUGACACAACCUAUUUGGAAUAAUGAUCAUCACCAAAUUAUUUGCAGACAUGAUAUAUCUAUGAAUGGAUAUUUUUGUAAAGCAACUGCACUAGUCACAUUAGAAAGAUUUGAAGAUGCAGCAGAAGCAUUUUUUAUAUGUUUAGUUUUGGAUUCUUCAUCAUCAGCUGUUAAAGAGGAACUUGUUCAGUUAUUGCAUAAGCUUCUGUUAAAAAAUUCAUCAUCUCAUGAUUACGUUGAUUUGGGUGAAUCAUCAUCCAACAAUCAUUUCUUUCCAUCUUUGCAAUAUCAAAGGGAACAUUCAGGCAGUGAAGGAAGUCUUUACAGUUCUACUAGCAAUGAUAGUUAUAAUUGGCAGUCUAGUGAUAUAGAUAGUGAUUCGUCUUGUGAUGAAGAAGUUCUAAGGGUCAUUUCUUUAUUAAUUUUCAGUGCUGGAAAAGAUCCAGAACAUGUCAUUCCAUUGUUUCUGUGCACAGUUGCAUUUCCCAUGGUGCCUUGUCCAUUACAUGCAUUUGAGCCAAGGUAUCGACUAAUGAUUCGUCAGAGUAUGGAAUCUGGAACAAAUCAAUUUGGCAUGUGUGCAUUUAUGGAAGAUUCAGAAAAUGGAAUUGCAAGUCAUGGAACAAUGCUGGAAAUUCGUGAAGUUCAAUAUUUUCCAGAUGGUCGGGCAGUUGUAGACACCAUUGGAAGUAAAAGGUUUAGAGUAUUGCAUACUGGCAUGAGAGAUGGUUAUCACACUGGAGCAGUAGAAUUUUUAUCUGAUGUUCCUCCAGAGGAUUAUGAAAGAGAUGAAAUAUCCCAAUUGCAUGAUGAAGUUCAUAGGAAAGCAGAAAUGUGGUUUAUCGGACUUCCAUCAGACAUCAAGAGGAGAGUAUUAGAACAUUUUGGUCAAAUGCCAUCAGUAGAAGAAGAUUAUUUAAAUAGUCAGAAUGGACCAUCAUGGUUUUGGUGGAUGCUUGCAAUUCUUCCAUUAGAUCCAAAGGCACAGAUAGCAGUCUUGGCUAUGACAUCUCUAAGACGUCGUUUAGAAGUUUUACAUCGGGUUUUACUUUAUCUUCAAACUCAUAGUCCCCUCUGACUAGUGAUGAAAUCACUUUCAUGCAUUUUAAAACAUUAUAAAGUAAGUAACAGGAACAUUUUUCUCAUAACAGUAUUUGUUUUUUGUGUUUUUUUCUUCUCUCUGUGAAAUAACUGAGCUUGACUUCUUGUGUGGUGCAAGAACAUUAUCUCUUCAAAUGGCAAAUGCCAAGACCAAAUAAGUUUAAAUUCCUAUGGAAUAUUUUUACUAUUCAAGACCAUAAGCAUAUGGUUAUGUGGGAGAUGACAAUAUCCAUACUUGUUCAAAUCCAACUCAAACUAUAAAUGAAAAAAUAUGCAUCCCGACUAAGGAAGUGUAUCGUCGUGAAUUCACUCUGUUGAAAAACAUUUUUGUUUUCAAUGCAGCUUCAAGAAACAUGCUUGAUAUCCUAUGAAUGUGUGUAAUUUUUUGAAACUGGCAGUCAGAAAUUUGAUUUUGAUAUUGUAACCAAGUAUAAUAAUACAAAUAUGAAAUUUUUGCUUUUCCAGUUUUCAUCUAUACAAGCUUUAUAAUUAGUAGUAUAUACAUAGAGUAACAGUGCAUAAUUUGUGAAAUUGUUAUCAUAUAUUCCAUAUUUUAGCCACUUAAUGACAAUCCAGUUUGAGAUUAUUCUAUUUGACAGCAAUGUGUAAGAUAUGUAUAUUGAAUCAAUGUAUUAUUUAGAUAAAAAGAUUGUGUUAAUUUAUUUUACAUCAACUAAUUAUGAUGUUCCAGCAAUAUGUGCAUAUAAUGCAUUGAAAUUUGAAAAGAAAAAGUAACAUUAAUUACUAAUAGAAAUCUUAAUGUGCAUUAAUCUUCAAAAAAUUUGAAGCAAAAGAAUUAAUAUCCUUACAAAAAUAUAGUUUGAAACUCCUAUCGUAUUAUUUUAUUUGAUGAGGAAAGCAAAUGGGAAAUUAUUAAGUUUUUAUAGAAGUUAUAAAAACAUAGAUUUCUAAGCUUCUGUUGAAGUAAAAUCAAAAAUUUUAUAUUUUAUAAGUAAUUACGGCUCAAUUACAGGAGCUCAUCUCAUCAUAUUAGUUGUUCUUUUUAGCAUAUCCCCGGUCAAGAUAUGUUGAACCUUGUCCAAAUGUCUUAUUUUAAUUAUUUCAUAUUUAAAUUAUAGAAUGUCAUUCCUAAAAAAGACUUGAGAAAAACAAGAAUAUUUAUUUCUGCAUCUGAUUAUUGAACCAUACUGUACAAUUAAAAAAUGUUUUUAUAUAGUUUAUUAUGUAUUAUAUAAAUUGUCGUUAUUUAAUAUAUUAUUUGUACUUAAACUCAAAUACAGCUCAAAACAUUUAUACAAAUAUGUGAUUUAAUCAUAUAAUUUGGAAGGAUUUACUCAAGAUAGUUUUCUAGGUUAAAGAGUAAAGUUAAUUAAGAAAUCAAAAUAAAAAUAAUUUGACCAUUUUAAUAUAUGAAAGUUGUACAAAAGUAUUUUUAUCAAGGCAUUCAUUGAUAAAAAUACAUCAGUUUAAUUAACUAAAUGUUUAUAACAAUAUUUAGGACUUUGAAAUUGAAUUAAAGUUUUAAAUUUUAUAUUAAUUUAUCAUCAAAAAACCAUGUGGAAAACUAUUCUUGA